AUGAGCAAGAGCAAGCAAAAGGUCGCUGAGCUGAGAUCCUCCACUCCCGUCAAAUCGAUGCCUCCUCCCUCUACUCCCUACAAGCCUCAAUCCCCCUACGACCGCCAAGCCCAAUCCUCACAAGUCGAGCUCGACGGCCUCGAAGCAGCAACUACAGCCACCUUAGCCAGCACAAUCGUCUCCACCGAAUCCCGGAAACAGACCAAGAAUGCUCGCUCGAUCCGAACAUCUCUCGAAGCAAAUGGCAUGUGGUACAAUACAACCGGGCGGCUAGAGAGCUACCCGGCUUUUAAAAACUCGAUCAUGGCAACCAUCGAUUCGCAGCGUGGCUCGAGUCUACGACCAGAAUCCUACAAGGUGAUCCAGGAAGAGAUGGAAGAGAAUGAAUUGUCGAACGAGGCUACAUACUUCCACUGUCUGGUGGAGCAAGUGAUUAAGACCGGGCGAUCCGUCGACAGCGGCAGAAAAACCGCCAACGGCACCACUCACUGGAAUUGGAAACGCUUCAAAGAAGAUGGCAUGAGCGAGCCACAGAAAGACCAGAAAAUGGCCAGGGGCUUCCUCCCAGGCCAGCUCACCGACACCGCCAAUGUCGACAUCGGCCUCACAGACCCCAAACCUGACUGGGUGUUCGGCAUAACUAUGACCACCAAGUUUGCAGCGGGUCAGGCGCCUUCGCCAGAAGUGCGCGAUCUGCUCGAGUUGGGCUUCGGCCUCUGGCACGCUUUCUUCGUUAUCGAAGGCAAAGGUAACCAACAACCCAUUACCGUCGCCCGCAACCAAGCCCUACGCGACGGCUCGGCGCUCGUGAACGGACGCCGAGCGUUCAACAAGCUCGCGCACGAUACAGGCGUUCAAGACCCUCUAGGUCCGGAUUACGACUCCUUCUGUUUCUCGUGCACAUGGGACAUCAACAUCGCCGAGCUCUGGGUCCAUUGGUACGAGCUGGAAAACACGGCCUCACCGGGCGUCUUCCACAUGCAUCUCCUGGGCCGAUAUGUCAUGAUUGGUCGCAUGACCGAGGUAGCCAAGUUCCGCCAUGAUGUACAUAAUAUUCUAGACUGGGGUAUCCUUACGAAUGCGGCGAAGCGCGUAGAGACUAUGGCGAAAAUCAAGGCCAAGGAGACUGCACAGGUUUCUAUCCUUAAUGGCCGGGCUUCACCGCAGAAGCGGCAGGAGAGUCCCAGGAAAGGGCGAGUUCCGCCGACGAAGCGGGAGAGUAGUCCGAGGAAGAGAGUGGAAUAG